CCUUUAAAAGAAGCGGAACCCUUUCGGAAAAGUUCAGUGACUGAACCGUUUUUAUUUUUUAUUUUUUAGUUGGUUCCGCCCACAAGAAAGAUGGCGGCUCCCUUGCUGGAGAAACUGUCGGAGUCUUUGGGUUCUCCGGAGCCAGCGGUUCGACUCAUUCUGUCCAUUUUAAUCGGGUAUCCCUUUGCACUGCUGUACCGAUGGGUCCUCUUCUACCAGCCCGCCUCAGUCAUCCACUUGUUCCACACGUUCUCCGGUUUGGCUCUAGCUGCGUUCAACUUUGCAGGCUCACAGCUCUAUCACUCCGUAAUAUGCGUCUUUGUCCAGUUUCUGAUGCUGAGGCUGAUGGGAAGGACRGUAACGACGGUCCUGUGCAGUUUCACCUUUCAAAUGGUGUACCUACUGUUAGGUUAUUAUUAUACAGCGACGGAUGAGUAUGACAUCAAGUGGACGAUGCCUCAUUGUGUCCUCACUCUUAAACUUAUUGGUUUGUCGUUCGAUUACUACGAUGGUGGGAAGGAACCAUCCCAGCUGAGCGCAGAGCAGAAAAUUGGCGCCCUGCCUUCUGUGCCUUCGCUACUCGAGGUUUUCGGCUUCUCCUACUUUUACGGCGGCUUCCUGGUGGGUCCCCAGUUCACGCUGCGCAGCUACCAGAGGCUGGUGGGCAGGGAGCUCACAGACUGCCCUGGAAAGCCUCCAAACAGUCUUCUCCCAGCCAUGAAGAGGUUCUCUCUGGGUUUUCUCUGCCUGGCGAUAUAUGCAAUAUUUAGUCCUUCUUACCCAGACAGCUACUAUUUAACAGAUGAGUAUGAGGCUCAACCCUUCUGGUAUCGCUGUGUCUUUAUUCUGCUUUGGGGAAAAGUUAUUUUGUAUAAAUAUGUCAGCUGUUGGGUUAUAGCCGAGGGUGUAUGUAUAUUGACUGGGCUGGGGUACAAUGGAGUCGUGGACGGUAAGCACCAGUGGGACGCCUGCGCCAACAUGAAGGUGUGGCUCUUUGAGACAACGCCACUUUUUGGAGGAACAAUCGCCUCUUUCAACAUCAACACGAACGCCUGGGCUGCUCGACAUGUAUUCAAGCGGCUGAAGUUUCUGGGCAAUAAGACCUUGUCUCAUGUGGCGACGCUGCUCUUUCUGACCAUUUGGCACGGCCUUCACUCUGGCUACAUCUUGUGCUUUUCCAUGGAGUUCUUCAUCAUCACUGUGGAGAGACAGGUCCAGGCUCUGGUCCGGGACAGUCCUCUGCUGACAAAACUGGCCAACAGCCAUCUCUACCCCCUCAUWUAUGUAGUUCAGCAGUUUAUCCACUGGCUCUUCAUGGGCUAUCCUCUGGUGCCAUUCUGCCUCUUCGCCUAUGACAAAUGGCUCAAGGUGUAUUCUUCCGUCUAUUUCUGCGGUCAUGUGUUCUUCCUCGUGGCAUAUUUAAUCAUGCCGUUCCUCCGWAAGACUCUGGUUCCCAAGAAGGACCGGAGCGAGAAAAAGCAUGACUAAAACUCCGUUUUUAAAAACCUGACAUGGUAUGUAGGCACAUUUCAGUCUCCUCCUCCUUCUCCUCCUUCCUGCUGCUGACGUCAAGCCAGAGACGAACGACGGCUUCAGAGGUCUGUUUUCUUUCAGGUUCGUCUGAGACUCAAUAUCCUCUGAAGAGAACUGUGAUGUUCAAGGAACAGAGCACAAACUGUUUUAAGGCCUUUAGUAAUAUAUAAAUAUAUGAAUAUAUGUUCAUGUAAAAAAAAUAUAUAUAUAUAUUUUUGUGUUUUUAAGUGGGAGGGGUGGUUUUAUAAACAUUUGAAGAAAUGUUUACAGGACAUUACCAUUGUGCCGCACGGGUUAAUUGUGAGCCAACUUGGGACAAUUUUCUUCUGAGUGAUCAUUAUCACUUUUUCUUUUUUCUUUUUUUUUUUUUAAGUUGGGGAUACGAGGGACUUGAGAGACUUACAUGCUGUCGACAUGAGAUUGCACUUAUGAGUCACAGGUUCUGAGUCUGUUUUUGGAUCUAGUGUUUUGUUGUUUCAUUGUUCUGGUCCCACGUCUGACACCCACAUUCAGCAGCAACACUAAGCCUGAACAAGAGGUUUAAGCACAGUGCCAGCAUAUAAGACACUUCCUGAUAUGUCAUAAUACAACGUGCACACUUCUUUUUUUUUCUUUCUCCUGCMGAACGAYUUAAACAAUAUGAAGUCAGGGUCUUGUUUUCUUUGUAAACGGCUGCUAGUGGUUAUACAAGCACUGUAAAUCACACACUGUACACUAACACCYGACUCAAAAUGGCCUUGAAUUAAUGAAUGUUUUUACCGUUCAUUUCUUCUAGAUUUAAUUCCUUUCUCUUUUUUUUACACAACAAAGGACUUGAUUUUUUACAAAGUUUUAACAGCUUUUUGAAUAAGAACAUUUUGUAAUUUUUGAAUAAGAUCUCAUGAAACAAAUUUACAUUGUUCUCCUGCCUUUCCUAAUUGACGUUGCUAUUUUGUUUUUGAUUGUUUGCUCUUGCCACAUCGUCCUCUGUCUGUACCACUUCUAUGUUCGUUUGUCUGGAUUCAAGUCUGAUUUUCUCUCAGAAAUGCACAAAUGUGAAAGUGAAACAUGCAGAUCUGUUUUUGUAGGCCAUAGGCUAAUUCUUUGACUUGAGAAAUUGUCUCAUUUGAAACAAAAGUUGGUUUGAUCGUCUGUUUUAAACAGUAGAUCAUAAAAAAAAAAAAAACAAAUAAUGAGCUGUUUGCAUUAUAUCUCAUAUGAUGUAGAUAUUUUGAGGCCAUCCUUUCACACCCUUGAGGAGGACAAACCACACUGUAGCAGUGGUCCAGAUUUCUGUCAUAUUUAUGACAUUGUGAUUAUUAUUAAUUGAUGACUUGCUAUUUCCGGAGAUUACUUUUAUCCUCUAACCCCUUAGCAAAUGUACAAAAGAAAAUGUGGGAGACGGGGAUGAUUUUCAAAUACAGUUUUGCAAUUUUCAUUAAAAUGCUGGAUUUCAAAUA